AUGCGUCUCUCAGCUUACCUCGUCAUAGCUAUCUCGACUGGAAGCACCAACGCCUAUUGGAAAGGAUUUAACGCCCAAGCGAAUAAGGUCGACGGCUCUUGUAAAACCCAAGCCGAUUGGACGUCUGAUUUUAACAUACUCAAGUCGUUUCCCGGAAAUUUCAACAGUAUACGGCUAUAUGCUUCGUCUGAUUGCAACACACUUGCUAACGCUGUACCGGCCGCCCUUGCUACUGGCAUCAAACUUCUUGCCGGCGUCUGGACCCAAAACGAAAAUCACUUUGAAGCAGAAAAGCAAGAAUUACUAGCAGCAGUACAAAAGUAUGGCUUUGACUGGAUUGCUGCUGUUUCAGUAGGGAGUGAGGAUCUUUAUCGAGCCGAAACCACGCCUAAUCGUCUAGCUGAACAAAUAUACGACGUGCGUGGUAUGCUUUCGACCGUCGCAGGAUAUUCGUCAAACAUUCAAGUCGGACAUGUAGACACCUGGACUGCCUGGGUCAACAACGCCAACAUACCCGUCAUCAAGGCUUGUGAUUUUAUUGGCACUGAUGGAUAUCCAUACUUCCAGUCUAAUGAUACAAAUUCGGUUCAAAAUGGCAAUAAACUAUUCCAGGAAAGCUUAGACGCUGUGCGAAAUUCAGUAGCGGCUGUCGGCUCCGGGGCCUGGGUUUGGGUCACGGAAAGUGGAUGGCCUAUCACUGGGAAUACGCUGAAUCAAGCGGUACCUAGCAUUGAAAAUGCUCAGUUGUACUGGAAGACCGUUGCAUGCCCUCUCUUCACUUCAGCCCACACUUUCUGGUACUCACUACAAGAUGUAGGUGUGUCGCCCUCAUUUGGUGUGCUUGAUGCAAAUGGAAAACCACUAUACGAUCUCUCCUGCUGA